AUGGCUGCAUCAAUUCCAAGACCUGAUAAGGUUUCCCCAUGGGAAAUAGAGCCUUUGGCACCUUCAUCUAACAUUAUCCAAUCGCAUCUUAAGAAUAAACGAUCACGUCAUGUUGAUGGUAUUGAUAUGCUAAUUCCUACACUGACUCAAGGACAAGAAAUCGGACAAUCAAGCAUGAACUCUCCAAUGAGUAUUUCUCAGCUUAGUAAUCACCAUGCAACUGAUUAUUCCAAGAUUUCGUCUAGUUGGCCAAUGAACUACUCAGUUCCUACCAUAUCUAAGCCUGACAGUAACAACCAAAUGGUGAUGUCUGCGAAUGAAAAUAUAACCAUUGAUGCAACAAGUGGUUACAAAUUGUUUGGAGUUGAUCUGACGACUCCAACGGAAACAAAAGAUCUUAUAGAACAAAUUGACUUUUACCAAAAAGUUAAAACUUCCAAAAUCUCCGAAGAAGAAAAGAUUGAACAAAUCCAAACUCUGACAUCUUCAAAAGAUAUCCAAAGCCAGCAAAUCAAUUCUACUAGAAGUCGUAUCAAGGUUCAAAUGCAAGGUGUAGCUAUAGGAAGAGCUGUUGAUUUAACUGUUCUUGAUGGAUAUGACCAGUUAAUCGAUGAACUAGAAAAAAAAAAUUUGAUCUCAAAGACGAGCUGCGUAUGGGCAAUCAAUGGGAAAUAGUUUUUGUAGAUGAUCAAGGAGAUAUGAUGCUUGUUGGAGAUGAUCCAUGGAUCGAGUUUUGCAAUUUUGUGAAGAAAAUAUUCAUACUCUCAAAAAAUGAAGUCAAGAUAAUGGGAUCUAAGAACAAAUUCUCUGAAGGUGGAUCAACAUUGACAACAACAACUUUAACAUGUCUUGACUUAUCACCAAACGCCAAAAUAAAUCACAA